UCCGUUGCGAAAUCACCGCGCAUGCUCAGAUCAUUCUACAGCCCUGAGAGGUUGCUGUCAUGGCGGCCGCCACGCGUGUGCUCCAGAAAGGCAUCAGCCCGUCUAUAGUGGUGAUUUUAGGAGCUACGGGAACGGGCAAAUCCAAACUGGCUAUCGAGAUCGGGAAAAGGCUUAAUGGGGAAAUUAUAAGCGCCGAUUCCAUGCAGGUUUACAAAGGGCUGGACAUCAUCACCAAUAAGGUUACAGAGGAGGAGCAAGCCCAGUGUCGCCAUCACAUGAUCAGCUUUGUGGAUCCAUUGGUUAGUGGAUACACUGUGGUGGACUUCAGGAACAAGGCUCUGUCUCUCAUAUCCUUUCUGAAAUGUCCGACCCCUCAUACAACCCUCUACAUUGCGAGUAAAUCACUCGCAUAUGCGACUAAAUCUUCACGUUUACAAAGGGCUGGACAUCAUCACCAAUAA